UUGGGAAUUUAAUAAAUUUUAAGAUACUCAAGUUAGCCGUAUCAUUGAAAUUAGCAGACAAUUAAAAAUCUUCGGAUUUUUUUUUCAACGAAUUAAUGAUAGAAAAAUAAAUUUUUUUUUUAAUGCACAGUUUUUUUUUUUUGUAAUUGAUUCGGUAGAAAGAAUCAAAAAAUUGUUAAUUGUCUUCUAUUGUCUAACUUAUGAGCGUAAUUGUAGCAGAGAAGCGUCUGAACGAUACUGGCGGGAUCUUUAGUUUUGUUUGUCGACAUAAUUCUACUGGUGCUUCAACCAGUGCUUCAACUUCAACAAUUUAUGCAUUAUCAUCUGGUCAAGGAAAAUGUGGAGUUGCUGUUGUACGAAUAUCAGGAAGUAGAUCAUUAGAAGCAUUAAAAAAAAUGACGAGUUUAUUAAAUCCUUCUCCAAGACAAGUAUUUUUACGAAAAAUUUACGACCCAAUUACCAGAGACGUUAUCGAUAAAGGACUGUGCCUUUGGUUUCCAGGCCCAAAUUCAUUCACUGGUGAAGACAGCGUCGAGUUCCAAGUACACGGAGGCCCAGCAGUAAUAGAAUCUUUAAUGUCUGCUCUAUCAAAGCUUGAAUUCACUCCAGCAGAACCUGGUGAAUUUACAAAACGCGCAUUCUACAACGGGAAACUUGACUUAACUGAAAUAGAAGGCCUAGCAGAUUUAAUUCACGCAGAAACAGAGCAGCAACGCAAGCAAGCCCUCCUUCAAGCGGACGGAAGCCUCAGUAAUUUAUAUAACUCAUGGAAAAAAAAACUGUCCACAUCACUUGCGAAUAUCGAGGCCUACAUAGACUUCAGCGAAGAUGAUAAUAUUGAACAGAAUGUAUUAGAAAAUUGUAAUGAAAGGAUCAAAAGUCUUGUUAGCGAAAUUUCUAAACAUCUUGCAGAUGGCCGACGUGGAGAAAUUUUACGCUCCGGGGUACGUACGGUUAUCAUCGGGCAGCCUAAUGUAGGGAAAAGUAGUCUACUAAAUUAUUUAGUGCGCAGAAAUGCUGCUAUUGUGACUCCAAUAGCAGGAACUACUAGAGAUAUUGUUGAAUUAAAUACAAAUAUAUCAGGAUAUCCUGUUAUUUUAGCAGAUACUGCAGGACUUGUUACAUCUACUAGAGAUAUUGUUGAAGAAGAAGGCAUAAAAAGAGCCAGAUCUUAUGCCGUCACCGCUGAUUUUAUCAUUCUGAUGAUUGACAUCUCGAAUUAUUUGUCAAGUUGUAAAUCAAUCAGCGACUACGUCCGUUAUUAUAUUGAUCUACUAGAAAUAAAUGAUUUAAUUAAAGACAAACAGACAAAUUUUAUCGUUGUUGUUAAUAAAAUUGAUCUAAUUAAUAAAGACAGUGAAAAAAUAAUAAAUGAUUUAAAGGAUUAUGGAGCCGUACCGAUUUCUUGUGAUAAAGAAGAUGGACUUAGUGAUUUAUUAAAUGCAUUGACUAUUAAAUUUAAAGACAUUUGCGGAAAUCCAUCGAGAGAAAAUCCGACGAUAAGCCAAACGAGACAUAGAAUCCAUUUGAUAAAUUGUGUUGAUUAUUUAAAUAAUUAUUUAGAGAUGAUAAAUAAAUAUGAGUAUGAUAUGGUAAUUGCGGCACAGCAAAUACGCUUUGCAAUGAGAGAACUGGGUAAAAUAACUGGCCAUGUUAGUAGUGAAGAGAUUUUAGAUAUUAUUUUUAAAAAUUUUUGUAUUGGAAAAUAAUAAAAGUAUUUAUGAAUAAAUUAUUUAGUUAUACGUGUAAAAAAAAAAAGUUUGAUGUCGAACUUCGAAAUUUGAGACGAUUCCGAAUUUUUUUGAGUUGUAAAUCCUCAGUAUUAUCACGGCAAGAUUGGAACCCGACUGGUUACUGUUCUGUACCCGACUCGUACGGUUUUGGAAAAAAUUCUCGAUUGUGGUGCAGCACUACACUGAUUACUGUGUAGAACUACACUGAUUCAAAAUUCAUCAUUUACAAAAAAAAAUCUGAAAACUGCCUGACCCUGCAGGCCAGCUCCGAAACUUCUCGUUGUUUCCGAGCUCAGGGAGCUCGUAAACAUUGUUACUUAUAAAUUUUUGAGCUCUUCGAGCAGUCGAAAAGGCUCACCAAGAGUUAGAACUGAUUAUAUUUUAAGGUAAAUCGGGCAAGUGGU